AUGCGACGCCUCCGGCACCUCCGGCCGCGUGCCCUGUAUAUGUCUCGAGGAGCCAUCCCGGCCGCCCGGGGCCGACGACUCGCUGUUCCCGUGCUGCGGUGCCUUCGCACACCUGACAGCAUCCGCACGUUUUCCCACGCGGACGCGCCUGAGCCGCCGGAGCCGCGCGGCGUGCGUGAAUGGGUUUCGUCGAAUUGCCCGACCGCAGCAUGCAAUGGUCACCGGUCCCGCACGAGGGAGGCAUCGCGGCUUGGACCGGCAUGUGGCUUUGCCUGCGGUGCCAGCAUGAGCUGCAGGCUGCUCGUGUACAAGUCCCUGACCGCCAGCCUCUGCCGACUGGCGCCGAGCGCUGGGUUUGCCACAAGUGCCCGCUCGCUGGACGUGCUCGCCCGUUGUGCCUUGCCCGUGACGUCCUUGGCGGAUCUCAUCCGACAACUCAGCAGCGGUGAGCGGGGAAAUGCUGCUCACUAUUCUCUUGGGCGAGGCCGAGGCUGCAGCUUUAGCACGCAAGCCCGCACCGGACUCCCUGCAGGGUCAGCACCCUCCAGCGAAAGUGGUCCUCGACGAAACAGCAUCAAGCGCAAGCAGGCACCUCGCCGGCGUCCGGCGCAAUGGGGUCAGCUUGUGGCGGCUGUUCUGGCGGACCCUUGGCAGCAUGACGAUCAAUUUCAGCUGCUGAAUGCCAAGCGGAAGGCGGCGAGUUUAAUGCCCGGGCUGUACUCCCUGGCUGCACACGGUGCCUUGCAAGCUGUCCAAUCACAGCUCCUGGAUGCUGAGCGGGUCCUCCAACUGUAUGAGCACGUCGAGGUCGCCCUGUGGGAGCAUGCGCGCGGCCGCCUCAACCGCUCCAAAACCAAGGCCUGGAAUGCCGCUGGCGAGGAACCGCAAAACAUCCGGCACCUCCAGCCCCGGGGCGGUGAUCCGGUUUGGGUCGGGGAUUGGGUGGUUUCGUCGCGCUGGGCACGCCGCUCGGAACCGACGCUGUCGUGCAGCGCCAGCUCCGCAUCAGACGUGCUGCCCAAAGGAUCUCCAAGCUUCCUGGCUGCUUUUGCGCUACUGAAUACGCCGCUGGCCACGACGCGGCAGUUGCUCGGUGCCUGGCGCAGCUUCUCGGCUAUGCGGACGCCCCGCAGCCCAGUUCGUCCGCCUACUCGCACGCGCACGUGCGGCGGGGGCGCCUGCGGCCCUAUGUGCUUCCGCCUGCGGAGCCUGCGCUGGAGUUGCAUUCUCUCCGUCGCGGCGCAGCGCGCCUUUGCAACGUCGUUGCUGGAGCUGCCACUGCACGGGGAGUGCCAAGGCGGCGGCCCUGAGCCCGAGCUGCAUGAGGUCUUUGCGGAUUCGCGCUGGACGGCUGCUCCCGCCACGAGCCGAGUCGCGCCGCGCGCAGCGUGA